AUGACCCAGAUGCCGAGGCAAGAUUCUUAUAACAUGACUGGUACAGACUAUAGCAGUCCGCCUCCGCCACAGCUCGGGCAAGCCCCCUCUCCGCCGAAUCUCAAUGCCAUACCCGAAGAGAAGCAAGAUGGGAAGCAAGGCCUCGGUUCAAGACUUGCACCCAAGUUGAACAAGCUCGGGUCGACCAUAACCACAGAGCUAGGAUCCAUGAACCUUGCUGAUCCCAGCAAGCAGCGGUCCGUGCCGGCCAUGCGUGGAGUUCCCGAGCAAGGACAGUUCACAGGAGCCCAAUCGACUUUGGUCUCCGACGACGUCGGCACUUUCAAUGGUGGUGCAUACAGGGUCUCACACCGAGACACAAACUCCAUUCUUACUCUCCAACUCGCCAUGGGCUGUCCCAUUGCAGCAAAGCCAGGCGCCAUGAUUGCCAUGUCACCGUCCAUCACCCUUCGUGGUGCGGUCAAAUUCAGCGUCAAGAAAAUCUUCGGCGGCGAAAUGUCGCAUUCGACAUUCACCGGUCCUGGAGAGCUUUUGCUCGCUCCUCCCGUCCUCGGUGAUAUCCACCUCCUACGCUUGAACAGCGAGAGUCAGCCCUGGAGUGUUGGACGAGAUGCUUUCCUGGCCAGCACGCAAGGUGUUACCAGAGACAUCAAGAAUCAGGGCAUAUCGAAAGCUAUAUUCUCCGGUGAAGGCCUGUUCGUAUUCCGGGUGUCUGGCAACGGUAUCUGCUGGGUCAACACCUUCGGGGCCCUGAUCAAGAAAGACCUUGUGGAAGGUGAGAAGUAUAUCAUUGACAACGGCUAUCUUGUUGCAUGGAAUUGCAAGUAUAUAUUGGAGCGCGCCGCUUCUGGCGGCAUCAUCUCCGGAGUAGCAUCAGGCGAAGGGCUGGUUUGCAAGUUCACCGGUCCUGGCACGGUGUACAUGCAGACGCGUAACGCGGAGGCCUUUAAGGCGUAUCUUGCCGCUGCGACAAUGCAUUCGCUGUAA